AAAAACAGGGUUCCGGCAGCUUAUAUUCGGGUCGACAAUUGAACCUAACCUGAUCCCCGCGAAUUCCCUUUCUGGUAGCGUAUCAUUGACGCAGACAUCCACAGAGAGAGAGAGAGAGAGAGAGAGAGAGAGAGAGGUCUCGAGUCUCUCGACGAAGGACGAAACCCAGAACCCAAUGGAUCCAAACGCGCUAUCAAAGGCAUUCGUCGACCACUACUACUCCACCUUCGACACCAACCGCCCUGGCCUCGCUAACCUCUACCAGGACGCCUCUAUGUUGACUUUCGAGGGCCAGCAGUUCCAAGGCGCUCAGAACAUCGCGGCCAAGCUCGCCAGCCUGCCCUUCCAGCAGUGCCAGCACAUCAUCACCACCGUCGACUGCCAGCCCUCUGGCCCCGCCGGCGGUAUGAUCGUCUUCGUCAGCGGUAACCUCCAGCUCGCCGGCGAGCAACACGCUCUCAAGUUCAGUCAGUUGUUCCAUUUGAUGCCAACACCACAAGGGAGUUUCUACGUGCAAAAUGACAUAUUCCGCUUGAAUUAUGCCUAAAUGGGGUCAACUAUUAUGGAGCUCAAUAUAGGUUUGUUAUUUUGAUUGAAUGUGAGGACUUGAAAACGAUCUUGCUCUAUUUCAUAUUGCUGUUAUGGUAGGCUGGAAAAAUAUUGAAUUGAAAACAUCUCAUGCUUUGUUGUUUGCUUUUCAUAUUUUCAGCAGCUGUUGGAAUGCUUAGUAUGAUCCCGGUGCCACUAAA